UCUAAUAUUUGCUGGAGCAAAUGAAAUGGGCGUGGACGAUAGGGGAAAGACGCCAGAGGACGAUGGCCGUCUUCCGCCAGCUUCUACAGACACACUGUGCGUGUGCGAGCCGAACGGUUGCGCACUGUGCGUUCGUGCGCCACAACACUGUAUCGUGGACAUGCCGUUGCAAGUCUAUAGGGAGGCCAUGCGGCAAGUGCGGUCCACGUCCUCUGCACCAGAGUCGCCGCCGCCUUCCUAUGAAGAUGUGGCACCUGCGGUGGACUCCACACACGCACCGCCCCAAUAUGAACCUGUCGGGGAGCCGUCCUCGACACAUGACCAACGUGUGUCACCGCCACCACCCCCUCCGCUACUGCCCAUCAUGCGCUUACGGCGCGUUAGCGACAUCGAGUGGUAGGCUACAGAAUAAUGAUUCUCACACACCUCGUGUUCACGUUUUUGUCUUUUAAAUGUAUUGCUUUUUGUUUUCAAUUUUGUAUUUGUACUAGAAUAGCAUAGAAUUUUGUAAGUAUUUUAAUUUAAAUGUGUGAUUUACAUUCUGAUUUUUUCCUUUGUACGGUGAACUCCACCAUUUUGUUAAGAAAUAAAGGUCACGUUGAACAACAAUUCUCUCUCUCUACCACCAGCAUCCUCUCCUGGAGAAGCGUCCCGCGGUGGGGUCCUAACUUGCACGGCGGGAGGUGCGGUGGAGUGGGGGUGGUGGGAGUGGGGAGGGUGUGUGGGGGAGGAGUGGGCGUAGGCGGAGGGAGUGGGAGGUGGUGGGAGUGGGGAGGAUGUGUGUGGGGGAGGGGUGGGCGGAGGGCUUUCAAAAAUGGUCGGAUAGGCUUGGGAUCGAACCAGCGAUGAGAUGGGGAGUCGGCAGCGGUGGCUCUACCGCCUGAGCCACGGCGGC